AUGAACUUCGACGAUGCAGGCGCCAUCCGCGCGCGUGUGGUGGAGCUUGAGGCUGAGCUGCAGGCCACCACGGCCAUCCUUCGACGGAUAGAACAAAGGCCAACAGCAUCGAGUGCUGAAGAUGGCCGGGGGGACAGUAAACCGUUCAGUAUCCCUGUAACGCUGCCACUGGGCCCUUCAAUCCAUAAUCUAAUGCUUCUGUCCGACUCAGCCCUACCACUAGGCUCUUUCGCAUACUCAAGUGGCUUGGAGUCCUUCCUCGCUCACCACAAGCCAUUGCCAGCAGGGCACACGACCUUGUCACUAUUCCAGAAAUUCUUGAGUCUCUCUAUCCAAUCAGUGGCAUAUACAAAUAUCCCGUAUGCCCUGGCUACGUUUCGUGAUCCACUGGAUUUGAUGGACUUGGAUAACGAUCUUGAUGCUUCCACGCCGUGCAACGUGGCCAAGAGAGCGAGCAUCGCCCAGGGUCGAGCUCUAUUGAGCGUCUGGGAGAAAGCAUUCGCCUCGUCGACAAAGUCCACAUUCGAAGAAGGCGUUGAACCCAUCGCCGCUCUUGAGAUUUUCUCUAAAGACCUCAAGAUCGCUGCCGUCUCCAAUAACCCCUUACCAGUCAACGGCCACUUCGCACCAGUAUGGGGUGUGGUAUGCCUGGCAUUAGGCCUCAAUCUUGAAGAAGCCGGAUAUCUUUUCCUCCUCAAUCACGCCAAAGCGGUUGUGAGCGCUGCGGUCAGAGCUUCGGUCAUGGGUCCUUACGUGGCUCAGACUGUCCUUGCUGGUAAGGAGCUGCAGGAUCUGAUUCGCGGCAGUCUGGAGAGGGUCUGGCUUCUUCGGCCCGAAGAUGCUGGUCAAGUCGUGCCAUCCAUGGAUUUGUGGCUCGGUAGGCAUGAGCUGCUGUACAGUCGGAUUUUCAAUUCCUGA